AUGUCAGCAACCAAGUCUCUCGUCUGGCUCAUAACAGGCAGUUCCUCUGGCUUUGGAAAAUCUUUGACACUUCAUGCUCUUAGAGCUGGACACAAAGUAAUUGCUACCUCUAGAACUCCAUCAGGAGUACCAAAGCCGGUGGAAGAGGUAGAGGAGUUGGGUGGAAUUUAUCUCCAGCUUGACGUCACUUCCCCAAAAGAAAAACUACAAAAGAUUGUCGAAGAAGGCGUGAGACAGUUCGGCAGAAUCGACGUUCUGAUCAACUGUGCCGGUAUUGGAAUACUUGGGGCUUUAGAGGAUGUCAGUAAGUUCCAACCCCAACAAUCAUAUAAACCGCAACUAAAAGAGACUUCUAGCGAGCAAGAAUGCCAGAACAUCAUGGCAACCAACGUCUUCGGACCUCUCAAUUUGAUUCAAAUCAUCCUCCCGUAGACGCGCUCCCAAAAAUCCGGGACAAUCGUCAAUAUCUCCUCGGGCUCGGGAAUAGACCCACGUCUAUCGAUGGGAUUACACGGAGCAUCAAAAUUCGCGCUCGAGGGAUUAUCUCAGGGUCUGGCGAAAGAAGUAUCUUGUUUCGGAAUACGGAUUCUGAUCGUUCAGCCGGGUGCAUUUACGACAAGAAUGAUGAAUUCCGUGACUCUCACAGAAAAGAGAUCGAAGGCGUACGAGGGGACAGAUGUCGGACAAUGGAUGGCGAAGUUUCAUCCUGAUUCGCCAGAGGGCAAGAACUUCAAAGCUCCUCAUGAUGUUGAAAAGGGGGCUGCAGCCAUACUGGAGGUAGUGACAGGAACGGGAAGGGGUGAAGGAAAACUGGAGCAUUUACGAUUACUCCUCAGCCGAGAGGUGGCAGAGGGGACAAAGAAAAGGGUUGAAGGAAUAAUGGCAGAUCGCGAGGCUUUUCGGGAUAUCUGGGAGAACACUGUUCAUGAUGGUGGUGUUUUGAAGGCUUAUGAAGACUUGUGA